ACAUUCUGACUACUUCAUCCAUAUACAUAACAAAAAACAUUCUACUUCAUCCAUAUACAUAACAAAAAACAUUCUAACUACUUCAUCCAUAUACAUAACAAAAAACAUUCUGACUACUUCAUCCAUAUACAUAACAAAAAACAUUCAAACUACUUCAUCCAUAUACAUAACAAAAAACAUUCAAACUACUUCAUCCAUAUACAUAACAAAAAACAUUCUACUUCAUCCAUAUACAUAACAAAAAACAUUCAAACUACUCCAUCCAUAUACAUAACAAAAAACAUUCUGACUACUUCAUCCAUAUACAUAACAAAAAACAUUCUAACUACUUCAUCCAUAUACAUAACAAAAAACAUUCUACUUCAUCCAUAUACAUAACAAAAAACAUUCAAACUACUUCAUCCAUAUACAUAACAAAAAACAUUCUACUUCAUCCAUAUACAUAACAAAAAACAUUCUACUUCAUCCAUAUACAUAACAAAAAACAUUCUACUUCAUCCAUAUACAUAACAAAAAACAUUCUAACUACUUCAUCCAUAUACAUAACAAAAAACAUUCUACUUCAUCCAUAUACAUAACAAAAAACAUUCUGACUACUUCAUCCAUAUACAUAACAAAAAACAUUCUACUUCAUCCAUAUACAUAACAAAAAACAUUCUACUUCAUCCAUAUACAUAACAAAAAACAUUCUACUUCAUCCAUAUACAUAACAAAAAACAUUCUGACUACUUCAUCCAUAUACAUAACAAAAAACAUUCUACUUCAUCCAUAUACAUAACAAAAAACAUUCUAACUACUUCAUCCAUAUACAUAACAAAAAACAUUCUGACUACUUCAUCCAUAUACAUAACAAAAAACAUUCUACUUCAUCCAUAUACAUAACAAAAAACAUUCUAACUACUUCAUCCAUAUACAUAACAAAAAACAUUCAAACUACUUCAUCCAUAUACAUAACAAAAAACAUUCAAACUAUUUCAUCCAUAUACAUAACAAAAAACAUUCAAACUAUUUCAUCCAUAUACAUAACAAAAAACAUUCUAACUAUUUCAUCCAUAUACAUAACAAAAGACAUUCUACUUCAUCCAUAUACAUAACAAAAAACAUUCUAACUAUUUCAUCCAUAUACAUAACAAAAGACAGACAACUCCACGGCGCCCCUUGUCGCACUCCGGUUGUCGCUGUGAUCGUGGCAGUCUUCAGCACAUUCUUGGGACACGGGUACAUAGCCUGAAUCGCUCUUAACAUCACCUUGCCGUACCCACGCGAUCUUAGAACAGAAAUUAAACCAUUCCGGGGACCCUGUCAUAAGCUUUCCUAAAAUCUACAAAAAGACGUACAGUUUUUCAUGUCUUGCCUUUGCGAAGUCACAUAAGAGUCGCACCGCCAUAAUUUGUUCUAAGCAACUUCGACCUUUUUGAGCCCCUGCGUGACAUUCAUCUAUAUUAAUCCACAGUUUAAGUCUAUUCACUAACAAAAUAUCAUACAUUUUUGCCAAUGUGUUCAUUAUACAAAUGCCUCUGUAGUCCAUCUCCACUCUUGAAUAAGACAAACAGCUUGCUAAAACCCCAAGCUGAAGUUUAAAACAUUCAGUAAAAACAUGAACCAAUUAACCAGUAAUACCUUAAUAAGACCUGGACAAAUGCCGAUAUAACUCCUAUUUGUAUUUAUCUCGUUCACCGCUUCAUCGAGCUCUUCGACAGUAAAGGGACUGUCUAGGAAGGGUAUCAAAGGGGUUCACUCAAGUUCCAGCUCAUGUGUUUCCUCACUCUCCUGACCCUGAUUCAGCAGCUGUUCGAAAUGCGCUCGGAACUGUUCGUCCUCUGGCUGUUCGAGUUCAUUUGUAUUAACUUUUCCAGACCACUUAAUUGCCUUCCAUAUUAUCUUAGAGACGUUUGAUUCCAAUAACCUUUUCCAACGUGGCUGAGUCCUAUUCCAAGUCCUUUCCCCUCGAGACACCCGCAUUUUACACUCGCGUGCCUUGUUCUCUAAUACCCUGCAGCCCUCAGUUACCUUCCCCGCAACAUCGACACGGGUGAUAUCUGUGAGAUCUGGCGGGUUCGUAUUCUCCAAGGCCUCAGUGAAAGCGUUCAAGUCCACUGUUUUGUAUCUGGGGGUCUUCUGUAAUGCUUUGUGUUCGAGGGAUUCAUAAUAAUGCUCACUCAAAAUUUCGGCACGUCUCAGAAGCAUUUUGGGUGUCAUGUGUUUCUUUCCGUGGGUAUUCACUGCUACACACAAAGCAGCGUGAUCCGAACCAGUGAUGCCCUGUUUCACAUCCACAGAUUGAAUGGCAGUGAUUAGGUUGGAUUUUACAAUACAAAGAUCUAUUUCAGACAUCCAUGAUCGUCUUUGAAUGCUAAAUCACCCCCCAGCCUUCGUCUAUUAUGGUUGAAAUGGCUCGUCUUAGUAUUCUCAGAUGCUUGGUAUCACUCCCCCAUGACUGUUCACUGCAGCGUCCUUCACAUCACUGUAGACGUAAUUGUUCCCGUCCCCAUCAGCAAUUAUCGGUACGCCAACACAUGCGUUAAAGUCACCUGGUUCCAUCACACUCUCUUCGACACACUGAGCGUUUAUGGCCCCGAACAGAGACGGAUCAUAGCGUGGAGAGUCUUCAGGUGGUAUGUUCACUCCUCCUAAUGCGACUCCGGAACACACUGAUAAUUUUACCCAAAUCGUGUCUUCCUCAGCCGUGUCAACUUUGGUUACGUAUUGGGUCAGUGCGCAUUUGACCAACAUCAUUGCACCCCCUCGACAGGACCCUUUCUUUGACCUUCUGUAAUACGCAUUAAAUCCCGGCACACUUAUCUGAUGUGUGUACUUCUAAAAACCACUCGAUGUGAAACUGUAGUGAAAACUGUAGCGUGUCAGGCCAUGAACACAGUUUCAGGAAUUCAUUGUUUACUUUCACUUAAAAAAAAUAUGGACAGAACCUAUCGAUCACGUUUCCUCCAAUCAUACACAAUAUUUACUCCUGCAUUUUCAAGUUUAGCUUUCUCUUCUCUCUCCCGUGAUCUUAGACGUGCCCUUUCCUUCCUCACGGCUGGGUGUGUGUCCUUUAUGUACAUCGAAGACAGGGGCCCUGCCGUAGAUUUGAGAUUUCUUGCCGGCCAUAAAAUACCAUUACGCUGACAUUCGUUUUCCACAACAACAAGAACUGGCCGUUUUUUGGUAGGGUUCGGUUGUCCAAGACGGUUGAUCUCCCACGGUGCAACGGCAGAGACUUCUUGAUAUCCGGCUGUUUCCAUCGCCUCCUGCACUCUUUCUUCAUCCGUUCCGCCGAUGUCGUCUGCGUCCUCCCCCAGCCCAGAUAUUUCCUUGUUGUCGAGUGACCCCGGGAAUAACUGUUGCUGUUCUAUUAUCCAGAAAGCCUCUUCAAGCUUCUCUGACACCUCGCUGACAUCGCGCUUCGUGGUCGUAAUUUCCUUCACUUCUUCCCUUAGAGCCCAAAUUUCUUCUAGCAGGAUGUUGUUGUCAGGUUGAGUGCCAUUAACCAGUGUGAGCAUUGGUCGUUUUAUUUAUCUCUCCAGGAGCCAAGGCGCGCACUGCCUCACCAUUCUCCAAAUCAGCCAUUUCCUCACACACUCCUGUUCAGGGGAUCGCAGCUCAGGAGCCGGACGUCCUUCUAGUCUGCUGGCAUUAUCCAGUGUGCGGGCAAUGUUGGGUCACCUUCUCUGGCGGCUAACUGGCAACUUAUUCUGUUCGCACGAUUACCAUGUUUUCUUUUCCACAGUAUUCACCGAGAAGUCCUUGCCAAACACCUCGGGUCCAUCUUCACCUCCUGCAACACGCCAUGACGGUGUGGUGUGGGCUGCAGUAGUGGGCUUCCGCUCACUCCAGUACCCGAGUGGCUUGACCCAGUUGUCAGUUAUGCAUUUUAAGCUGCAGUGUUACCACCCUCUAAUGGCGGCAGUGGCAGUUCUUUUUCGGGAAACCAACAAGACCUAAGAUAAAAGGAGGGCUUCACCCUGGCUCGACUCCCCCCCCACCUUCUUAACCGAGGGGAGGGCUUUGCCUUCCCUCGACCUCCCCCCCAACCCGUCAGGCUCCCCCCGCAACAAGAGGGGGAGGAGGAGGAGGAAGGAGGUCUCAUGUGACAGUGCCGCCCAGACCACGGCACCAAACUAACGCCCCAAACCCCUCCCAUCCAAGAACUUACCUAACCUCUUCUUGAGUGUAUCUAUCGUGUUGGCGCUCACCACAUGACUUACACGUCUGUUCCACUCAUCCACCACUGUUGGUAAACCAAUUCUUGCCUAUGUCUUUGUUGAACCUGAACUUAUUCAACUUAACCCAUUGCUACGUGUCCUACCCGGUGUGGUGUCAUCUGCCAUCCACGUAUCCUAAGACAUCCCAUCCAAUCUGCGCAUGCGUGGGAUUUGUUUACAAACAAAGGGUGGAUGAAUUGCAACAUGGUACCGUGUCUUUGUCGACUGCUUAUCGCGAUAUGUCCCACUUGAGGUUUUUUUUUUAAUCUUUUUAAAAGUAAAUGUAGACGUAUGUUUUGAAUUUGGAAAUUGCUUGAAAUAUGAAAGUUUCUUCUGCACCCUUUGUAUGUCAGUAAAUGUGAUAAAUGAGAUAACCUACACCCCUUGUAUGUCAGUAAAUGUGAUAAAUGAGAUAACCUACACCCCUUGUAUGUCAGUAAAUGUGAUAAAUGAGAUAACCUACACCCCUUGUAUGUCAGUAAAUGUGAUAAAUGAGAUAACCUACACCCCUUGUAUGUCAGUAAAUGUGAUAAAUGAGGUACCCUACACCCCUUGUAUGUCAGUAAAUGUGAUAAAUGAGAUAACCUACACCCCUUGUAUGUCAGUAUAUGUGAUAAAUGAGAUAACCUACACCCCUUGUAUGUCAGUAUAUGUGAUAAAUGAGAUAACCUACACUCUUCUGAUUGAUGGUCAUGUUUCUCAGAUUCUCUCCAUUUAGUGGCAGGCUAUCUGAAUUAUGGGGCCAUGUCAUUCUUGAAUUUGGCCAUUUUCCCAUAAAUGCUGCCAUGCUGUCUUGCCGCCAUCUUGCCUGGACAAACUACGAUAUCAACACUGUGUUUGUAAACAUCGGGUUCCACGCAUGCGCAGAUCAGGAUGGGAUGUCUGAGGAUACGUGGAUGGCAGAUGACACAACACCGGCUCACUUAAAAUCAAAACCUUAUUGCUUAUGUUCUUCUUGUAGCUAAUUUAUUUAUGGACCAAUAUCUUUUAUUCAGAAAGCUAUUUAAUCAGGAAGGAUAGGAGAUUAAUGAUCACUAUCGCUCAUUUAUUAGAGAAUAGUAAAAAAUAUUUUCUAGAUAUCGAUGAUAAAAUAUUAAAAAUUUGAAAAAUGUUUGUAAAAAAUCUAAAUCAACUUCAAACAAAAGUUCAAAUAGCGAACAUAAUUCCUUUUUUCAAACUUUCAGAAAAAGAAUGAAAAGAGUAGACUUCAAUAAAUGCCUAAAAUAAGAUGUUCAGAUAACAUUUUUUCUUUACCAUGUCCUGUAUACCAAAAGAAAGAGGAAAAAUAAAGAUAUUUAUUAGCAAAUAAUUAAGUUAUUACUUAUUGGAAAUUAUUACUGAAAGAAAGCCUGAAAUAAGUGUUUCUUGUAAUCAUUAUUUAAAAGAAUAAUAGUAAUUAUUAAAAGUUUUAAUGAUCGAAUGACCGGAAUGGUGAUCGGAACAGCAGUACUUAACCCCUUCCCCGGCAGAAACGUGUAAACAUGUUUUCACAAAAUGUUCUUUUUUCAGUCGUCGACGAGUAUACUCGUCUAAAACUUUACCUUCAAAAACCAGCUACAUACGUAUAUACUCGUCGAUUUUAAGCCUUUGUAAGCCAUUCUACGUGUGAAACGAGUAUUCUCGUCAAAUCGUGCGCCUGGCAGAGGCGACAGGGCAGAGCUGUGGGAUUUCAAGGACACUGUUACUAGCCUUGCUCCGACAGCCAUCGUCGUCGGAUGGGUGUUGUUUGCAUCCACAUUUGCAUUCAUUUUUUUGUAGCAUUUUCAAGUGUUACACCCCAAAUGUCUAGUUCAACGGAAGACAGUGAAUAUGAACCUUCCCUCAGAAGCUUGAAUACUUCUGAUAACUCUGCCAGUUCAUCAGACAAUGACUAUUUCUCGACAAGUGAGGAGGAGGAGGAGGGGGGUGAGGGGAGAGCUUGGAGAAGCCUCCAGUUGUCAGAGGAGCGCAUGAAUGCACCACCACCACGUUUUCCUUUCACAGGAAAUCCUGGAAUAAAGAUUGAUGAAAACCCAGCAGAACUGAGUCCAUUUGAAUUCUUCAGUCUUUUUAUUGAUGAAAGGAUUAUUGACUCUGUACUGGUAGAGACUAAUCGUUUUGCUGAACAAACUGGGCAAGAUGACUCUUUGUGGCGCCCUGUAACAGAGGCUGAACUUUUUGUAUUUUCUGCCAUGAAAAUGCUUGGGGGUAUUGUGAACAUGCCAGAAGAAGAAAUGAGCUGCUCACAUGAUGAACUGCUUCAAAGACCAAUUUUUCGGCAGCUGAUGACUAUGAAACGGUACAGUAAGAUAAAGCAAUACCUUCAUUUUGUAGAUAAUGAAACUCAUGAUGCACAAACUCACCCCAACCCAAAACUGUACAAGAUUUAUGAUGUAUUCAUGACAUUGUGUGAGAACUUUGGGAAGUGUUACACCCCUAGGCAAGAUGUAUGUAUAGAUGAGAGCCUUAUGUUGUUCAAAGGAAGGUUAGGAUGGGCACAGUACAUUCCACUGAAAAGGAGGAGGUUUGGAGUGAAAUAUUUCAUGUUGUGUGAGUCAAAGACUGGAUAUGUGUACAACAUGACCAUUUAUGUUGGCAAAGGAACACAGUUUGACCCAGAGUAUGAUGCAUAUCCUGUGAGUUCGUGUGUUGUUUUAUCUUUGAUGAAGCCCUUACUUGGGAAAGGUUAUUGUGUUACUGUGGAUAACUAUUACACUAGUCCACAAUUAGCUGAUGCUCUAGUUAUGAACCAGACUGAUACUUAUGGAACUCUACGGAUGAAUCAAAAACAAGUGCCAGAAGAACUGAAAAAAAAAAAAACUGAAGAAAGGAGAAGUUGCAGCAUUUCAGAGAGGCAAGGUAAUGACUCUUCGUUGGAAAGACAAAAAGGAUGUUGCAAUGCUAUCAACCAUUCACAACCCAGCCAUGCAUGACACUGAGACAAGACAAGGGCCUGUGAAGGAACCCAAAGUUGUAUGAGGAAACGGGGUAAGAAAUAUUACAAGACAGUUUUCUUCCAUUUGAUGGAUAUUGGAGUAUGGAAUGCUUUCAUCCUGCAUCAAGAAGCAUUCACUCAGUCAGGAAAAAAAAGCCUAACACACCUGAAGUUUCGUUUGGAAAUGAUACGAUACAUAUUUGGCAAGUAUGGACCUGCUUUACCACCAAGAAGAUCACCAGGUAGACCCUCGACAUCACCAGGAAGUUUGCGGCAUACGCCAGGAGGACAUUUUCCAAUGGAAGUUCCACCAACAGAAAAAAAGAAAAAUCCAACAAGAAAAUGUGUUGUAUGCAGUCUGAAGCGUGACCACAGAGGGAAACAAGUCAGGAAAGAGUCGCGCUACAUGUGUAAGGUUUGCCAAGUAGCUCUAUGUGUUGUGCCAUGCUUUGAAAAGUACCAUUCAAAAUAAUUUCAUCGAGAAACUUUCUGAGGAAAUACUAUUCUUUUAUAUGUGGAAAUAAAAUUCAUUUGUUUUAUUUUUUUGCUAACAACUUACAGUUUUCAAUUGAUUUUGUUCAUAAUAAAAUGCCGGAAAAAGGAAUUUCAUUUAUUAUGCAUAUUAUAAUUACUGCUAGAUAUUUGGUAACAAUUGUAAUAAAAAUUAAAAAUAAAAUAGGUUUUCAUUUCUCUUUACAUUUGGUAAUAAAAUUUUGAGAAAAAUUAAGAAAAUAUGGUAAAGAAAUAUGGUUUAUAGGAAGACGAGUUGACUCGUUUUUGCCGACAAAGGUUUUCUCAAAAUAAAAAGUUAACCACAAAAAUGGGAAGAAAAAAUAAUUACAAACUGUUUUCAUAACCAGCAUCAAAAAUACUACAUAGAACCAAAAUAAAAAAAAUAAUCUGAAAAAGAAACGUUUUUAACAAAAAAAUUGUUGGGGAAGGGGUUAAAAAAUGAUCGGAUGAUUGGAAUCGGAUCAGUUGCCCAAAUUGAUCGGAUGAUCGGGGAUUGGAACAGCAAAAAAGUGAUCGGUGCCCACCACUGAUAUAUAUAUAUGUAUAUAUAUAUAUAUAUAUAUAUAUAUAUAUAUAUAUAUAUAUAUAUAUAUAUAUAUAUAUAUAUAUAUAGCUAUAUAUAUAAAGAAGGAACAUGUGAAUCAGUUAUAGAGGAAAAGUAUGAAGUCUAAUUGUCCUGCACUGGUCCUGCAGCAAGUCAGGCACCAGAGAAUCAUUGCCAUCACUAACAAGAAAAAUAUUCAAAUGCAUAAAAAAAUAAAUUAUUAGUCCUUAUGAUUUUUAUGUGAAAAACUCAUCUUGGGUAAUGGCUUUGCCCUCUCUCACCCCCCAACCUACCCUGACCAAACCUAACACACCUAUCGGCUAACUGGGGGGUGGGGUUCGCCCCCCCCUACCCCCCCCUAACCUGACAACACACACAUCCAGGCAAUACUCGACUGUGUCGUCCUCACUUCCUCGGCCCCUAACUCAGUGUGUGCCGAGCCGUGAGGGGGAGUGACAGCGCUUCAGUUACAUGCGUAUGUUGUUAUUCCAAUCUGAACACAUUUUCUAGACCAUUUCCGAUGCCCAGUGGAUCAAUCUGAAUACACGGAGGCAUGAACAACAUAGAAUAUAUGCCCCUUGUGCUUCACAGACCACGCCCACUCCUCCUGCACAUUGCCCAGGUCAGGUUAGGCUAAACCCUGACUGCUUCUCCUUAUUUCCAGUAUUUCCAGCCUGGCAGGAUGGCUCCCUGUAGCCUGGAAGCCUCCCAUCACAAGUGCUCCAUUAAAGCCAAUAUCUGAGCGCCAGGAAGCAAAACUGGUCCCCCUUGUGAGGCGUGAGUGUUUCUCCUCAUCUGUACUUCUUCUUCUUCUUCGUGGGUGUACUCUUUGCACCGU